UUCAAGAUGGCCGCGCCCUUUAGUUUGGAGGCGUGACGUUUUCAUUUUGUUAUAACACAGUGUCAAGCAAGGUAAAACAGCUUCUCAAGCCUGCAAACUUUUAUUCAAGCUCUUCUUUGACGCUGGCAAUAAUGGAUAAGGACAGUCUGAUUCUCCCCAAAGACUUUCCUGAGCUGAAGAACGACACAUUCCUAAGAGCUGCUCGAGGAGAAGAAAUUGAGCACAUUCCAGUGUGGUGCAUGAGACAGGCUGGCCGCUAUUUGCCAGAGUUUAGGGAAUCGAGGGCAGGGAAGGAUUUCUUUGAGACAUGCCGCUCUCCUGAAGCUUGCUGUGAGCUUACGCUACAGCCACUCAGACGAUUCCCAUUUGAUGCUGCCAUCAUCUUCUCUGACAUCUUGGUUGUGCCUCAGGCAAUGGGAAUGGAGGUUCAGAUGUGUCCCGGAAAGGGCCCCACAUUCCCAGAACCACUAAAGGAGCCUGAAGAUCUGCAGAGACUGAAGACAAAAGUGGAUGUGUUUUCUGAGCUCGACUAUGUGUUUAAAGCCAUCACACUGACACGACACAGAAUAGAGGGGAAAGUUCCUCUCAUUGGAUUCACUGGAGCUCCGUGGACUCUAAUGUCCUACAUGAUUGAAGGAGGAGGCUCUACGACGCACUCAAAGGCUAAACGCUGGCUCUACAGGUAUCCUGAAGCCAGCCACAAACUCCUGAGCCAGCUAACAGACGUCAUAGUGGAGUAUCUUCUCGGGCAGGUGAAAGCCGGAGCUCAGGCUCUGCAGGUUUUCGAGUCUCAUACUGGUUGUUUGGGCCCAGUGGAGUUUAAAGAGUUUUCUCUGCCUUAUCUGAGAGACAUUGCUCGCCGUGUUAAAGACAAGAUCAAAGAAUCUGGUUUGGACAAUGUCCCUAUGAUCGUUUUUGCUAAAGAUGGUCAUUAUGGGCUUGAGGACCUCUCUGAGUCUGGUUAUGAAGUCGUGGGUCUCGACUGGACCAUAGAUCCGCGCUCAGCACGUAUCAGGACUGGAGGAAAAGUUAGUUUGCAAGGCAACAUGGAUCCUUGCGCUCUUUACGCCACAAAGGAGCGCAUAUCAGAGAUUGUGAAGAGGAUGUUGGAGGGUUUUGGCACCAAGGGCUACAUCGCUAAUCUGGGUCACGGCCUGUACCCUGAUAUGGACCCAGAAAAUGUGGGCGCAUUCGUAGAGGCAGUUCACGCCCACUCUCGCCAGCUCCUCAACCGCAAAUAAGAAGCUGCUCUCCCAUCAGAAGAACUAAAGCACAAGAGAAACAACAACAGUUGGUGUGCAGAGCUAUAGCAUUAGAUAUGUUACAGGGUAAACCUGUCUCAAAAGAAAAUGUCUUGUUGUAUUUCACUACAAAAUUAAAAGAAAAAGGAAAAUAUUUUUGCUUAAAGAAAAAGGACCAUUAACCAUUAAGAUUUUACAUUUUCAGACUUUACCUCCCAAAUUGUUUUUACAAUAAUGCAAAAAAGUUUUCAUAUACAGUACCAUAAUGUGAAUACACUACCAUUCAAUUUCAGUAAAAUUUGUAAUGUUUUUUUUAAAGAAUUAUCUUAUGCUCAUCAAAGUUCCAUUUAUUUGAUCAAAAAUACAGGAAAAAAUGAAAUAGUAUUGCAAUUUAAAAUAAUAGUUUUCUAUUUUAAUAUACUCAAUAUAGAUUUUAUUUCUGUGAUGAAAAGCUGAUUUUUCAUCAGCCAUUACCCCAGUUGUCAGAUCCUUCAGAAAUCAUUCUAAUAUGCUGAUUUAUUAUCAAUGUUGAAAACCGUUGUGCUGCUUAAUAUUGUUUUGGAACUUGUAAUACUUUUUUAAGGAUUCUUAAUGAAUAAAAACUUUUAAAAGAACAGUGUUUAUUCAAUGAGUAAAGUCUUUACUAUCAUUUUCUAUCAAUUUAACACAUCCAUGCUGAAUAAAGGUAAGAAUUUAUUUCAAACAAAUGAAGAAAGAAAAAAAAUCACUAACCUCAAACUUUGAACGGUAUUCUAUUUUAAAGAAAUGCUGUUCUUUUAAACAUUUUAUUCAUCAGAGAAUCCUGAAAAAAGUAUCACGGGUUACAAAAAAAAUAUUUCGCAGCACAACUGUUUGAAACAUUGAUAAUAAAUCAGCAUGUUAGAAUGAUUUCUGAAGAAUCAUGUGACACUGAAGACUGGAGUGAUGAUGUUGAAAAUUCAGCUUUGCAUCACAAGAAUAAAUUCUAUUUUAAAGUAUAUUAAAAUAGAAAACCACUAUUUUAAAUUGUAAUAAUAUUUCCUACUGUUUUUUCUGUAUUUUUAAUUAAAUAAAUGCAGCUUUGAUGCGCAGAAAAAGACUUCCUUAAAAAUACCCUGUUAUUUAAAAAAGGAUAGCUCACCUUAAUUCAUGCUGAUUUUAGUUUUAAAAAACGCUGUUUUUAAAAUGCUGUAUUACUGUAAUGAUCAUAAUGAUAUAGACAAAGUAAAACCUCAAGAUGCAUUAUAGUAAUGAGAAUUUGGGGGUAAAAUAUGCCUAAAUGCCAUAUAUCUUAAUUGUCUGAAAUGUAGGCUUCGUGUUUUUAAUGCAAAAUAUAAUUUCUUUUUUUCUCUCCUAAUGAUUUUGUGGUGAAACGUGACCCAGAUAUUUCCUGACAGGCUUUUGAGAGAUUCGCCCAAAAGGCUGGUCCCGACUCAUUUCAAUGAUUAUGUAGGCCGUCUUUCUAUUUUACCUACUUUUUCUAACGGCUCCACACCAAUCCAUCUAAUCUUUAAUAUAAUUUUCAGUCGAAACAUGUCUUUCUCAGUUGGAUUGAUGUGUUUUCAUUAGAGCCGUCGCACUGUUACGAUCACUGAAGAAUGUGGAAUAAGUGAAGUAGGAUAAAAUCUGAUUAAAUACGAAGCGCUGUAUGGGUUUGUUUUUAACGCAGUACCAUAGUAACAUCUGGGCUGAGACUGUCUCCACUGGAACUGUGACUGACGCUAAUGAACCUCUGAGAAUGUGUGUACAUAUCAAUGGAUCUUUUUAUAUGAAGCGAAAUAAAGAGUGAUCCUUUUAAGACAAACAGCCCUCAGGGGAAUUUCUCCGAGCUGAAUGUCACAUACCUAA